AACCAAUUACCCUUAAUUCAUUCAUAUUAUUACUCACACUUCCUUUUUCUCCUACAAACUACUUCCUCCAUCCUCCAAUUACUUAAAAUUUAAUCAAGAAAAGGCAAGAUUUUGAUAUUAAAGACAGCGGAUUCGUAGACAGAGAUUAUCAGGAGCGUACGUUGUCUAGGAUCGCGUGACAAGGACUUUGAAAACUUAGGGGACAAUGUAGAUUACUCUGGUAGAUUUGUUACGGAUAGAAAAUUUGAUUCCGUAGAUGAAGUACUUGCUUGGGCCAACGAGAUAGCAAUAGGAAUUGGUUUUCAAUUUACACGUGCUUCAUAUAAACAAAAAGAAGGACAUUAUAGAGUUAGUUUGUAUUUAAGAUGUCACCGCUUUGGUAAUAUUAUGGGUGAUUUUCAUAACUUAAAUAAUGCUACCCGACCUGGUUCUAAAAGUAGAACAUGUAGGUGUAAAUUUAUGAUUGUAUGUUGUAGUCGUAAACCAGGGGAAAAACCUUGGACGAUGAGGGUGUGUCCUGGUGAAAAAGAAACACAUAACCACCCGUUCUUAGUUUACAGAGAUGGUCAUGUAAGGGCAAAUAGGUUGACUGGAGAUAUUUGGCAGCACAUACGAGAACUUAGUGCAACCGGCAUGCAACCUGCGUUUAUCAUGACCUCAAUUAAACAAAAUUUUUCUGGUUUUUUUUGCUAGUAUGAAUCAAAUUUAUAAUGUAAGACAAUCAAUUAAGAGAGAAGAGAUGGAGGGUAGGACUCCGCUUCAACACUGUCUUUAUAUGGCCAUAGAGGAUAAUUACGUGGCUUGGACAGACUUGGAUAGUGAAGGGAAAUUGAGUAGAUUAUUAGUUGCAAAUCCUACAUCCAUCCAGAUGAUACGUACGUGGCCUUAUGUUUUGUUGAUAGAUAUAAUUUACAAAACAAACAAACAAAAGUGGCCACUUUGUGAAAUAAUUGAAAUGAUGCCAGCCAAUCACAACUUUUUGGUUGUAUUUUGUUUGAUGCGAGAUGAGGCGGCUGUGUCAUAUGCGUGGGUGUUGGAGGGAUUGGGAGAUAUUUUUGGCAGAGCUCAGACUCACAGCGUAAUCGUAACUAAUCGAGAUGAGGGUUUAUCUGCAGCUAUUCGUGAUGUCUUCCCAGAUGUGCGACAUUUAUUAUGCGUAUGGCAUAUUGCCAAUGAUGUAGAGAACAUGGUGGAAAAAUUGUGUGGCGGGAAAAGAAUUCAACAAGGGCAGAUAUUUAGGAAAACUAGAUGGAACCCCCUGGUUAACAAUUCUACAUACGCUCGCUGAAUUUGAAAACAGAUGGGAAUCGAUUGUGGCUACUUCGUCGACUAGGAAUACUAGGGUCGUUUGAUAUUUGCCUGGAACAUGGAUUUCACACAAAGAGAAAUUUGUACGUGCAUGGACGAAUGACUGUUUACACAUGGGCAACCAGACUACCAGCAGAGUUGAAAGCCAACACUCGUCUUUCAAGUACUAUCUUGGUAGCGGUAAUAGCUUAUUUGAUACCCUGUUUGAAAGGGCACACACACAAAUAACAAAUCAGCAAUCGAGGAUCCGACAAACGCUAUAGGAAUCCAUGAAUUCUGUUUCAAGGUUUUUGCGAUAUAAUUUCUUAAGACCGUUAUAUCGACAUGUAUCCAUUUUUUCCUUGGAACAAUUACUGCUUUAGCAUAAUCGUAUGUUAGAGUUGGGUGAUUAUGUAUUUGACAAAUGUGGUUGUGCACUUCAAAGCAUCCAUGGAUUGCCCUGUGCUUGUUACUUCUUUUUUUCGAUCAAGAUACAAGGUUCGUUGUAUUUGGAUGACAUUCAUCCAUUCUGAAAAACCUUAACGUACAUAGAGGUAGAAGCUGACACCAACUAAGGAGUACGGCACGCAAACGCCGAUGAUAAAGAGUACUUUUAAUCGUUGGUUGAUGAAGUGUUAAAAGUCGAUCCUGCAGUUGUACGACACAUGUCUCGGGUACUUUAUGAUGAAUUGCAUCCUGAUGGUGCUGAUAUACCUGAGUCACAUGCAAGUCCACCAAGAAAGGGAAGACCAACGACAAGCAAAACCCUCAAGAGAAACAAAAGCGCUUUUGAAUACAACAAAUCGUCCUCUAGGUGUCGCGGAUUGAGAUCUUCAUCACACGGGAGAUCUAGUGGUAAAUCUAGUGCUAGAUCAACGCAAUCGUCUGUUGGAAUUAACUUUAGUUUCAACUUAUCUGGCGAUGGUAACUAUGGAUUUAGAGCUAUUGCCAUCACAGAGUUGGGAGGCGAGGAGGAAUGGCCUCUUUUACGGCGUGCAAUGUGUAUGGAAAUGCAAACGAAUAAAGAGCAAUACCUACAUGUGUAUCUAUCGACAGAGAUGCUAGAUAAUGCUAUAUUCAGAAUUGGUUCACAUAGCAAGGGACCUGCACCAUUUAUUCACUGGUUGGAAGCACCAAUGGGAUUGUACUCUGCAACAACGUUUCUUCACAUUGGCAUGGCAUAUUAUGGUUCUCCUGACGGUAAUCCAAACUAUAGAUAUUUAGUUCUUCCGUUAAGGAGAACAGCGGGUGUGCAUGGUGUAAAUAAAGUUAUACAUAUGUGUUGGGUGAAUAGAAAUCAUUAUGUUCAACUUUUAAUGAACGAUGAUUCAUCUCCACUGCCGCCAAUCCAGCGAUCAUGGAGAGAAGCAACUAACAAUUCAUGUACACAUUUAGAAACACAUUUUCGAAGCAGGAUUUCUCUUUGGAAUAGACCAUACGGGGUUCAACCACCACAAGGUAAUAACACUGCUGAAGAUGCAGUCAAUUUAGAUAGUCCAUAGUGUAAUUAUUGUGUACUUAAAUAUUUAGGUUACCUUUAUAUCUAGAUAGCAUUGAAUAUGUAUAAAUAAAUAUGUAAAUAAAAAAAAUGUAAAAAGCAUUGCUGUAAAUUAAUAGAAGCAAUCCGAGUAGUUUA